AUGUAUGAUAUCCUUUAUGAGAAACCGGUCAAAAUGUCUGAUGUCCUUUAUGAGAAACCGGUCAAAAUGUCUGAUGUCCUUUAUGAGAAACCGGUCAAAAUGUCUGAAAUCCUUUAUGAGAAACCGGUCAAAAUGUCUGAUGUCCUUUAUGAGAAACCGGUCAAAAUGUCUGAUAUCCCUUAUGAGAAACCGGUCAAAAUGUCUGAUAUCCCUUAUGAGAAACCGGUCAAAAUGUCUGAAAUCCUUUAUGAGAAACCGGUCAAAAUGUCUGAUAUUCUUUAUGAGAAACCGGUCAAAAUGUCUGAUAUUCUUUAUGAGAAACCGGUCAAAAUGUCUGAUAUCCCUUAUGAGAAACCGGUCAAAAUGUCUGAAAUCCUUUAUGAGAAACCGGUCAAAAUGUCUGAAAUCCUUUAUGAGAAACCGGUCAAAAUGUCUGAUGUCCUUUAUGAGAAACCGGUCAAAAUGUCUGAUGUCCUUUAUGAGAAACCGGUCAAAAUGUCUGAAAUCCUUUAUGAGAAACCGGUCAAAAUGUCUGACAUCCUUUAUGAGAAACCGGUCAAAAUGUCUGAUGUCCUUUAUGAGAAACCGGUCAAAAUGUCUGAAAUCCUUUAUGAGAAACCGGUCAAAAUGUCUGCUAUCCUUUAUGAGAAACCGGUCAAAAUGUAUGACAUCCUUUAUGAGAAAUUGGUCAAAAUGUAUGAUAUCCUUUAUGAGAAAUUGCUCAAAAUUUAG